UUCAGAAGCACAGUUUUUAUUUAACCUCCACGUUGACUCGGAAUGUUACAAAGUGCGUUCCAGAAAUGAAGCUGCGCGUUGGUUUAAUCCUGUUUUGUGUGGUCGUGUAUGUUGCGGCAAGUGAUCCAGCUCCCACGAAGAGCAAGGAUAUAGUGCAAAAGUUGAACAAUGAGAUACAAGGAGUUGGCCUAUCCCUGAUACUGAGCAAGUUAGAUGCUAUUGAAAACCGAUUGCAAAAGAUUGAGGACGAGUUGCAGAAACAUCGAGCUACGGGGUUAACGCAAUCUGGAAGCAAUUACAAUGACUGCGUUACACCAACAUCGCCAUCAUCGACAUCGAUUCCCAAGCAGCCACCCUUUUCCUCGUGCAAAGAUGCAGCAUCGAACAUUUCGGGGACAUAUCAGAUCCACGUGGACAGUGAUAGUGAACCAUUCAAUGUGCAUUGUGAACAGGAGAAGUUGGGGGGAGGCUGGAUUGUAAUCCAGUACCGGUACGACGGUUCGUUGGACUUUUACCGCGGCUGGGAUGAGUUUCGUGACGGGUUUGGUGAUUUGAAUAAGGAGUUUUGGUUGGGUUUGGAAAAAGUGCAUCGGAUAACGGAUGGUCGUAAGCACACGUUGGUUGUAGAAUUGAAAGACUUUAAUGGAACCUACGCAUACGCGCAGUAUGAUGGAUUCGAAAUAGGCAAUGAGGGUGAAGGAUAUGUCCUUAAGAAUCUAGGAUCAUAUAGUGGAUCAGCAGGCGAUUCUUUGUCGUUUUACAAUGGAGCAAAGUUUACCACCAAGGACCGAGAUAAUGACCAAUCCUACAACCAAUGUGCUCUUGAUCGUGAGGGUGCGUGGUGGCACAUGCAUUGCACCGACGCAAAUUUAAAUGGUCGAUACAUAAAUGCCAUUAUAAAAACGUCGAUGUAUUGGAGGCAUUUAAAAGAGAACUAUCAAGGUUUGAGCUUCUCCAGAAUGAUGAUACGGGAACUGGAAUAGAGUUUCUAGUUCAAUCGGUGGUGCUGCACCAAAACAAUCUACAAAGAUGUAUC